UUUCAAUGGGUUUUUGAGAUUUUAGGUUCAAUUUCUCAGCAAGCACCAAAAAUGGGAAAGAAGAAGAAGAAGAAUACGAAGGAAAGUGGGGAAGAAUCCGAAACCAAACACAGUCCUAAUACUGUUUUCGUUUCUAACUUUCCUCGCUCUUUUACCAACUCUCAGCUUGAAGAGACAUUUAGCGAUGUUGGACCUAUCAGGAGAUGUUUUUUGGUUACACAGAAAGGAUCAUCUGAACACCGUGGUUUCGGUUUUGUCCAGUUUGCUAUUAAAGAAGAUGCAAAUCGUGCAAUUGAGCUAAAAGAUGGUUCUUCUGUUAGUGGUCAGAAAAUUUUUGUUAAACAUGCUAUGAGCCGUGCGCCCCUGGACCAGCGUCGAGCUAAGGCAGCUCAAGUGGUUGAAUCAGAUGGUGCAGCAAAGACAGAGAAUGACACCACUAGGGUAGACAAGUAUGCUUCAAAAUUAACAGAAGCAGUGAAGCAUCUGAAACCAAGAAAACCAGUGAAACUUUCCAGUGAAUUAGUUGAUGAAGAGAAUUGUUCUGAAAAGCAAAGGGUUGCUCGGACUGUAAUAUUUGGUGGCCUUCUAGAUGAUGCAAUGGCUGAAGAGGUUCAUCGACUUGCCAGAGAGGUCGGGAAUGCAUGUUCUGUAACAUAUCCUCUCCCCAAGGAAGACCUUGAGAAAAAUGGUCUUGCUCAAGAUGGAUGCCGAUCAGAUGUAUCAGCUAUACUGUAUACUAGCGUCAAGGAAGCACGUUUGUCUGUGAGAAUGUUACACCAAAAAGAGAUAAGGGGUGGGAUUGUUUGGGCACGCCAACUAGGCGGAGAGGGCUCGAAGACUCAGAAAUGGAAACUUAUUGUCAGAAAUCUUCCUUUCAAGGCUGCAGCAAGCGAAAUAAAGGAUGUAUUUUCAUCAGCAGGUUUUGUUUGGGAUGUAUUUAUCCCACAGAACUCUGAAACAGGAUUAUCCAAAGGGUUUGCAUUUGUCAAAUUCACAUGCAAACGGGAUGCAGAAAAUGCCAUUAAACAAUUCAAUUUGCAAAAGUAUGGCAAAAGACCCAUGGCUGUUGACUGGGCUGUUUCAAAGAAAAUGUAUAGUAGUGGUGCCAUUGGAUCUGUUCCUCCAGAAGAGGGACAUCAGAAUGAAAGUGAUGGUAGUAGUGAUGACACAGAGGAUGAUGAAAAUGAUGAUGACGUCGACGGUGCCUCAGACAAUUCAGAUCCAUUUGAGAAAAAUGACAUGCCUACUGAAGGUGAUUUUGAUGCAGAAGCAGACAUGGCAAGAAAAGUUCUUAAUUCAAUCACAUUGUCAUCCAAAGGUACCAGUACCAUUGAUGUGGAUGAUUCUGUAGUACCUAUGGGAACUCAGAAGCCAAAUUCAGAUGAAACUGUUAUUUUGCCAAAAAGUAAUUCCAGUGUGCAAGAAAAUAUGUCUGGUUUCACUGUGCCUGAAAAGUCAGGUAAAAGCGAUUCAGCCGAUGUUAGAAAGGCCGCAAUAGACGACGAUGAUUUACAGAGAACAGUUUUCAUAAGCAACCUGCCUUUCGAUGCUGAUAAUGAAGAAGUGAAACAACGGUUUUCUGUAUUUGGAGAAGUGAAAUCCUUUGUCCCAGUCCUUCAUCAAGUUACCAAGCGACCAAGGGGUACUGGUUUUCUCAAAUUUAAAACCGAAGAUGCAGCUAUUGCAGCAGUUUCUGCAGCCAAUCUUGCAUCUGGUUUGGGGAUUUUGCUAAAAGGUAGGCAACUGACAGUCUUGAAGGCAUUGGAUAAGAAUUCAGCUCAUAAUAAGGAGAUGGAGAAGGCAAAAAAUGAGGAUAAUGAUCACCGUAAUCUUUACCUGGCAAAGGAAGGUGUUAUUCUUGAGGGAACUCCAGCUUCUGAAGGUGUUUCGGCAAGUGAUAUGGAUAAGCGGAAAGCGCUGCAUGAAAAGAAGAUGACUAAGCUUCGGUCGCCAAAUUUUCAUGUUUCAAGGAACAGGCUUGUUGUUUACAACUUACCCCACUCAGUGACUGAAAAGAAGCUGAAAAAACUUUGUAUUGAUGCAGUUAUCUCACGAGCUACAAAGCAAAAACCAGUGAUUCGACAGAUAAAAUUCUUGCAAAGUACAAAGACUGGAAAGGUCACAAAGAACCACUCACGUGGGGUUGCCUUUAUAGAGUUUACAGAGCAUCAGCAUGCACUCGUGGCCCUGAGGGUUCUUAAUAAUAAUCCUGAAACUUUUGGCCCUGAACAUCGUCCAAUUGUGGAGUUCGCAGUUGAUAAUGUUCAAAAGUUGAAGUUCCGGAAAGCUAAGUUACACGCUCAGCAGCAGGACAACAAUGCUGAUUCAAAGGAUAUGCAGGAUAACAUUGAGUCGCAUGCACCAAAUGACAUUCCAGGUGAAAAGGAGAAUUUCAGAAAGUGGAAAUCCCGAGCUGAUAACAGAGCAAUGAAAACUUCAGAACCAAAUGAAACUGAAGUGGAAAUUUUGGUUUCUGAGGGAACUUCCUCUGAAAAGAUAAGCACUAAGAAACGCAAGAGGAAUACAGGGAGUGAUAAAAGAAAAACUGCUACAAAAGAAAAAUUUGAUGGUGCAAAACAGAAGGUGAAAGACUCUGUCGACAAGCAAAAUCAUCACCAAGUCAGGAAACCUGAUGUGGUUGAUUCAGUCAAAGGUGAAUUGAUGGGCAAAAUUACUCGCAAAUCCCAACCUUUAGAGGAAGCAGGGUUGAGGCUGCAAAAGAGGAAACCGUUGAGCCAAGGGAAGCAACAAGAGGGAGAAGAAAAUUCAAAGAGAAGGAAAAGGCUCAAAAAGCACAAAGACCCUGUAGGGCGGGACGUAGUUGACAAACUUGACAUGCUUAUAGAGCAAUACAGAUCCAAGUUUUCAAAACGAACUUCAGAGAAACCUGAUGAUGAAAAGCAAGCUAAUAAACCACGUAAGAGAUGGUUCCAAUCAUAGUUUCCUUUUUCUCUUAAUGUUUUGCAUCUUUCGAUAUCGAAAUUUCUGUAAAAAGUUCAUGAGAAACCUAACUUGAAUGCGAUGCUUGAUUUUCCUGUCAUGUUAAUUUCAAAAUUUUGGGGAACUUGUACAUUUUUGGUUUGCAUGAUAAAUUCGAAACUUUGGAAACUCAAAAUCA